CACUGCUUUCGUCAUUCGUGGAAGAAGGAGAAAAUUUGCAAAUUUACAAUAAAGAAAAGAAAUUUGCGUUCAAGAUGAGCUUUAUGCAACCGAGUCCCGUGAAGUACGCGUGCUCCUGCGGCAUCCUGAACCCGAUCAACAAGCUCUUCUUCUGCCGCCACUGCCCGAAGCUGCGCUGCGGCUAUUGUGUGACACACGAAAUCGAAUCCCACUUCUGCUCCAAUUGCCUGGAGAAUAUACCGUCCACGGAGGCGCGGCACAAGAAGAACUGCUGUGCCAACUGUUUUGACUGUCCCUGCUGCCAGCACACGCUCUCGGCCAGGGCGACCACGGUGCCGGUGGUGCGUAAGUCAGAGGAGUCGAAGGACGCUAAAAAACCUGAAGAUGAGGGCGUAGAAUCUCCUGCGGCAGCAUCUACCCCGCCCACCCCGGCGAGCAGCAAACCCUCGGCGGUGCCCACCACCAAGAAGAUGUACUACCUGUCCUGCUUGUCCUGUCGCUGGACCUCGCGAGAUGCGGGCAUUCCAGACCAGGGCGUGGCAACGGGCACUUGGCCAGACAACGAGUGCCUGUACCAGGCGCGCUUCAACUCCUUGGUGGAGUACUUUCAGGCAGUGGUGCUGCAGGAGAAACAGGAAAAAAUUGAGUUUAUGCGGCGAAAGACGCCCAAGCAGCACAAGUUCCCCAGCCUUACGGACCGCACUGGUCUGACGGUGUCCCUUAUUCGCCGUCAGAUGGGCUGGAACGACAAGAGCAUUCCCAAAGCUAAGGCUGUGAUCACGCCGGCGGAGGCCACGGCCGAGGUGGAGGAGUUGUCGGCCGACAUCUUCACUGAACCGUUGAAUCUGCGGAACGUAACGACGAUCGCUCAGCGCCACAGCCAGCCGGCUGAUCAGCCGACGGCCGUAAGCAGCCUCUACCCACAGAGGCGUACACUGUGGAUAAAGCGAUCGCUACGCUGCCGCCAGUGUGAGCACAACCUUAUCAAGCCGGAGUACCAUCCCACAUCGAUCAAAUACCGCAUCCAGCUCUUCGCAAGUUGCCAUGUACCUGAGGUGGUAAUGGUGCGCUGCGAGCAGCCGCUGGCGUCUGGCAAGAGCAACGCCAUCCUUCUGAAGUUUACUAAUCCGACAAUGUACGAUAUGACGAUUCGACUUUUAACCACAGUUCCGGCCGAAGAACCCGAACUCGCUGUUGAGGUCAUCCGCAUCAAAGAGGAGCCGGUUUCCUCGUCCCCACUGCUUAGAGCUGCAGGCAUUACCUUGUCGAGGCAAAACUCCACACGGGAGGUGAAGCGCGAGGUGGCGGAUGUGUCCAAUGCUGAGAUUGUGCCUUUGGAGAGCGAGUUUGUGCUCAGCCAACGCGACGACUCCAAAGAGUUCGACGAGUACGUGCAGCUUCCCACCGAGGAGCCCAAGUUCAUUGUGUGGCGCAAGGGCAACAAGGUCCUCAUCCGGCUGCAGUUCACUCCUGCCGAGGAGCUGCCUGCGAGUACAGAAGUGGUCCUGGGCUUCGCCAUGCAGUAUACGUACGUGAACACGGUAACCAAUGCUUCCGAGAAGAAGGAGCCCACCACCCACGCACUGUACUCGAGGGUUUUCAUUAAUGCGGGAGCUACUGAGCAGACGGCUAACUGAAAUGGAAAUUUAUCCGCAUAGUAUACUAAUUGAACUUAACUGCAACUAAAAGCCGCUUUAUGAAAGCUAGGCAACUAUGUAUAUGUAUUUAUUAAUUUACUCUACUCGUGGAAAAGCAGCUAGUAUUACUGUUGAAUAAACCGCUUGUUCUAACCCUA